CACGGAAGGUUUAAGCCAAGUUGGACUGCACUGAGGGGAGCCACCCUACUAAACAGCCAUGUUGCUCUGGCCAGUGUGGACGUUGAUUUUGUUGCUGAUUCCACUGGAUGCUGCCGAAAAGGAAGAGGAUGUCCGAGCAGGUUGCAGCACAGCGGUGAACGACUUGGUGUAUAUCGUCGAUGGCUCGUGGAGUGUCGGCUUUGCUGAUUUCGACACGGCCAAGCAAUGGCUCAUCAACAUCACCAGCCAGUUUGACAUCAGUUCCCACUAUACGCAGGUGGCUGUGAUUCAGUACAGUGACAAUCCUCGCCUGGAGAUCCCUCUGGGAAAACACCAAAAUGCUGCAGACCUCAUCCGGGCCAUAAAAGCCAUCACUUACAUGGGAGGAAACACACAGACAGGGAGAGCCAUCAGGUUUGCUGUAGACCACGUUUUCUCCACCUCCCAGCGAACCAGCCCCGUCAAGAACCGCAUCGCUGUGGUGGUCACGGAUGGAAAAUCCCAGGAUGAUGUAGUGGAUGCCAGCAUGGAGGCACGCGUUCAAAGCAUUACAGUGUUUGCAGUAGGCGUGGGGAAUGAGAUCGCUAACUCUGAGCUUGUUUCUAUUGCCAACAAACCAUCUUCCGCCUAUGUUCUGUACGCCGAAGACUACACCACCAUCGAUCGUAUCCGAGACUCAAUGGAACAGAAACUCUGCGAAGAGUCCGUGUGUCCCACAAGAAUACCCGUGGCAUCUCGAGAUGAGAAAGGCUUCGAGCUAAUGGUGGGCAUGAACAUCGAGACCAAAGCAAAGAAAAUUCCUGGUUCUCUGGUGUCCGAGUCAGCCUUCGGUCUUACUACAGCCACUGACAUUACUGAGAAAACCAGAGAGAUUUUCCCAGAGGGUCUUCCUCCGUCGUAUGUAUUUGUAGCUACCAUCCGUUUGAAGGGGAUCUCUGAAAAGUUAAACUUUGACCUGUGGAGAGUGCUAUCCAAGGACAAAGAGAUCCAGGCUGCAGUGACCUUGAAUGGGAAAGACAAAACUGUCACCUUCACCACGACGAGCAUAACCAACAAGGAGCAGAGGAUUGUCUUUAAUUUGGGACUUCAGGCUCUGUAUGACGGGAUGUGGCAUCAGCUGAAACUCCUGGUGAGGCCCAGCCAGGUCACCAGCUUCCUCGAUGAUCAACGUAUCCAGGAAAUACCACUGGAGCCAGCGGAGCCCAUUUAUAUCAACGGGAAGACACAGGUGGCAAAAAGGCGAGGAACAGACGUUACUGUACCUAUGGAGAUUCAGAAACUCCGACUGUACUGUGAUCCUCUUCAGAGUGAGAGAGAGACCGCCUGCGAGAUCUUCUCUGUGGUAAAAACCUUUAACCUGUGCACUCAUGAUGAUGAAAGGUGUUCUCUGACUCGAAAAGCCACAAUCGCGGAAGAGGAAGACUGCAACUGUGUAGUUGGACCUCCUGGCCAGCGUGGCCCAGCAGGACGAAUGGGAGAGAAAGGAAAUGCAGGAGCUGUUGGUAAGCCUGGUGAAACUGGGGAGCCUGGCCCUCCUGGAUUACCAGGGGAGAAAGGUGAAUAUGGCUCAUCAGGACCAAGAGGACUGCCUGGCAUUAAGGGAGACAGGGGCGAGCCGGGCUUGCAAGGAUUACCAGGCUCUCCAGGACCACAGGGCGAGAUGGGUGAGCCAGGACAUCCCGGAGAAGCUGGUUCUAAGGGAGCACAGGGGCCACCAGGGGAAGCAGGUCCAGUGGGACCUCAGGGGGUGAAAGGAUUGCAAGGACCACCUGGGAUUAAAGGGGCACCGGGCAACUGUGGCGAUCCCGGGGUUAAUGCUCGUCUUGGUUCACCAAGCCAGAAGGGCUCAACAGGGGAGCCAGGUUUUCCAGGGCUGCCGGGUGCCCCUGGGUAUCCGGGGUACAAAGGCCAUAAGGGAGAGUUGGGAGAGCCAGGACCAAAAGGAAAUAAGGGGGAGCGAGGCAGAGAUGGGAUGCCAGGGACCGAUGGUGUACCUGGCCAAGUGGGACCCAGAGGAAGAGACGGAGAGAAAGGAUCGAAAGGCGAUGAGGGUCUUCGGGGGCUUAAUGGUAACAAAGGAGACAUGGGCCACGCGGGCCACACGGGUGCUGUCGGUCCCAGGGGAUUUCCCGGCCUGGAUGGGCUGCCGGGUCAACCAGGCCAGCCUGGAUAUCCCGGAAAGCCAGGCAAGUCACCCUCAGAUGAGCAUCUUGCAAGGCUCUGCACUGAUGUCCUUCGCAUUCAACUCCCUGCACUCCUCCGAAGCAUGGAUUCCUCAGCGAGGUGUGAACCCUGUCAAAGUGUGAAAGGACUCCCCGGUGAGCCAGGUGCACCAGGACCUAAAGGCUCCAUGGGAAUUCCAGGUCACCCUGGCAGGACUGGCUCUCCAGGAUACCCAGGAACUCCUGGAUUGCAAGGUUCUCCGGGCCUCAAAGGGGAUAUAGGGCCAAGAGGGUUCAAGGGCAGCAAAGGAGAGGGUCAUCAGGGACGUCCAGGACCACCUGGACAGCCAGGGGCUCGAGGUCCUUCUGGCUUCGAUGGAGUCGGCCAGCCAGGAAAUCAAGGAAAUCCUGGAGAGCCAGGACCCCCUGGAGAUCCGGGUAAAAGGGGUAACCCAGGGAUACCGGGGAUAUGUGACCUAUCCAUGUGUUAUCAGACCUACAACCUAAGGGAACAUUACAGCAAAGGACCCAAUAUCUGACACGGACAGAGGUGCUACUCGCUUUAACAGCCACGUGUAUCCAGAGACGAUUUACUGUAUCACUGAUUCACGUGUGACUGUUGGCUCCUGCCGAAGCACAGCAGCACUGGAGGCAGACAUAACCUCAUAUGUUGGGUCAAACCGAAAUGGGUUCCACAUGAUUCAUAGUUAUGAAAUUUGUGGUCGUAAUAUACUGGGUUCGACUUCCGGUUUAAGUAACAUGGUUCCGGUUGCCAUAAAAACCGAGUAGCACCAAUGGAAUUAGAACGUAUUUAUGCUGGUUUUUGUGCGCCAAGAAAGCUCAUCUGCUGAUGACAAUUAAGAUGUGAGGUGACCACAGUGAAGCAGUUUUAGAUCAAAGGUAGGCUGUAUACUGUAUCUCUACCCCAGUGACUUUUUACAGUGGCGUAACCCUUCUGACAUUUGACCUGAAGCCAUGCACCACCUACUCCUGCAUGCUUAAAAAAAAACAAAUCUUGAAAUAUUGAACAUAAUUCGUUGGUUCAUGAAAUUUAUAGAAAUUCCGGGUGAAAGAUUGACAUUUUGCUUGGUCACUUUUCGAUAAAGUUUCACAUGAGCACUGAUAAAUAGAUAACUAACUUUUAUACCAGUCUGAAGUCGAGUUUGGGCGUCACUUUUUUUGUCCGCUCACAAUGACAAUGGUUUAAGUCGGCAUAUUAAUUUGAUACCAAAUUGAAGGGGACAUUUUAACAAUCACGAUAAAGCAGUAUGCAAAGUCCACAAAUACACACAACCAACGAUAAAGCCUCAUUUUGGGGGAAAAGCCUCACUCAGAGCGACAGGUUUUCACUGCUGCGUCGUACGGGGAUUCAAUGAAGUCUUCGAAAUGAAACACUCUUAAUGCACAAAAUAAUCAUCAAACUUACUUAUUUGUUCAUACUGUAUGAUGCACACAGACCAAUGAACAACUUCAUGCUCUGUUUCCUUUUUGCUCCGUUCUCCUGGCACUCAUAAUUGUGAGUGUUAGGCGCUGAUUGUUUGUCUUUUUUUCCCCACGUACUCCCUAUGACAAUUGGUGUACCUCUGGGGGUAUUAUCGGCCCGAUAUUGGCAUGAAACUAAUAUCGGCCAAUAUCGGUAUGGGUUUUUUUCCCUAUUAUGAAAGCCGAUGUAGCCUUUAAAGCGCCAGAAAGAGGUACCUCUAUUUGGCAAGCAGAGUAAAAACACAGCUCACGAUGAACUUAUCAGCUCCACAUACCAGUCUUACUCAUCAGUCUUAAACAUUACACAAGAUAUCAAUCAAAAUAAUAAUAAGCAAAUUCAUGUAUUUUAAACAAUACCCCUUUAACUAAAAAUAAAAUUAAUCUUUUCAAAAAUAACAUAAAUCAAGGCACAAGAAACACAAAUGCAUUCUUAUGUAAAAUACGUAAUACUUUAAUUAUCUACUCAAAACAAAACCAACAAAACAACUGUACUCAUGUAAGAGUAUUGUUACUUUUCAACAAUUUUACUGUAGAAAAUGUUACACAUAUCGGUAUCGGUUGUUAUUGGAAUCGGAAAUCGAGGGUUGGGCAAUAUCGGCAUAUCGGUUAUCGGCAAAAAAGCCAAUAUCGGACAUCCCUAGAUGUUACACAUGUCGGUAACGGCAUCAGUAUUGGUUGAUAUUGGAAUCGGAAAUUAAGGGUUGGCCAAUAUCGGCAUAUCGGUUAUUGGCAAAAAAGCCAAUAUCGGACAUCCCUAGAUGUAACACAUGUCGGUAACGGCAUCAGUAUUAGUUGAUAUUGGAAUCGGAAAUUAAGGGUUUGGCAAUAUCGGCAUAUCGGUUAUCGGCAAAAAAGCCGAUAUCGGACAUCCCUAGAUGUUACACAUGUCGGUAACGGCAUCAGUAUUGGUUGAUAUUGGAAUCGGAAAUUAAGGGUUGGGCAAUAUCGGCAUAUCGGUUAUCGGCAAAAAAGCCAAUAUCGGACAUCCCUAGAUGUAACACAUGUUGGUAACGGCGUCAGUAUCGGUUGAUAUUGGAAUUGGAAAUUGAGAGUUGGCCAAUAUCGGCAUAUCGGUUAUUGGCAAAAAAGCCAAUAUCGGACAUCCCUAGAUGUAACACAUGUCGGUAACGGCAUCAGUAUCGGUUGAUAUUGGAAUCGGAAAUUGGGAGUCGGCCAAUAUCGGCAUAUCGGUUAAGGGCAAAAAAGCCAAUAUCGGACAUGCCUAAUAUAUACAAUAUAUAUACUGUCAUACUUUGGUAUGUACUUCGGUCACAGUUAAGUUCAGUAAUGGAAGGGAACAAAAUGUAAAAUAUAAAACUUCUGAGCUGCUAACUGCUACUUCUACAUCUAAAUACGAUUAUCAAAUAAAAAAAUAAUUACAAAAUAUUUAAAUUAUAACUAAUUAUAUUUGGAUCGGAGGCCUGUUGGGGGCUGAUGUUUGCUUACUUUUAGGACAAACUCAUGUUGAUGCUUACCUGACUCUUGAUCACAUAAUACACCGCAUUUUGUCAUAUAGUGGCGUGGGGCAUUUUAUUAUUUUAGUUUUGACAUUCAUUUUAUCCUAAAAAUAUUUGCAUACAUGUUUCUUUUUCUUAGAGAAAAUAAGGAUCAUUAUUUAUGAUAAUAUAUAUAAAUAAAUGACCUCCCAUCCCUGACUUUUAGGUCAGUGUUGAAGUGUUUGUGGUUAUUAAUCAUAGUAAAAAUGGAACUGACCCAUCGCUCAGCCACUGUGUAGGAUUUUGGACCCCAAUGCAGACAGACCCAUCAAAAAUUCUGUUAUUGUGGAGACAACUUUAUUUUUAAAUCAUGGACAAGUAAAACCUACGGCUGCUGAAUGUUUAGAUUUUUAAUAGGGUUGGGCGAUACCGCAAAUUUUGGGAUCAAGCCGAAACCAAAUCAAUAUUUGGUAUUGCCUAUACCAAUAUUGAUUUUUCAAGAUGGUUGAUUUGCAUUUAAUUUGUUAAGCAAACAAAAAAUUUUAAGCAAAAGAUAUGUAUACAUAUAUUACGAUUCGUUGUAAUAACGAUUUGAUUCGUAUCACGAUUUGUGGUUGCCGAUACAAGUCGUUAGUGAAGUGAAUCGUUA